GACAAACACCUGCUCGUACAGAUCAUCCUGCGCCGGAGUUGACGGGAACUGCUUUGAUACAACAAACAUUUGGACCGUAAUCGAUCCAAGACGUGGGGAUUUGGACUUAAAAUGUCAAACUUGAAAGGCAAAAGAAAAGAGUAUCUAAGUGUGAAGGAUCUGCAGAAGGUUUUGGACUCAUGUAAGCUUCAUCUCAGUCAAGUUGAUGAGGUCUGGCCGAAUAUUUACAUAGGAAAUUUGGCAGUAGCCCAAAACAAGACUGCCUUGCAGAAAUUAGGUAUAACUCAUGUAUUAAACGCUGCUCACUCCAAGCAAGGCAGCAUAGGGAACCAAAGCUUUUAUGGCAACAGCUUUGUGUAUUGUGGCAUUCCAGCAGAUGACUCGACACACUUUGAUCUGGAUGUUUACUUCCAGCCUGCAGCUGAUUUCAUUCAUAAGGCUCUGAAGUCACCUGAUGGGAAAGUUCUGGUGCACUGCAUCAUGGGAAUGAGCCGGUCAUCGACCUUGGUGUUAGCGUACCUCAUGAUCUACCAUCACCUCCCGCUCAAACAGGCUCUGCAGAAACUGAUCCAGAAGAGAGCAAUCUACCCCAACAGGAAUUUUCUGGCUUUGCUGUUGGAUCUGGAUCUCCAGCUGAUGAGAAAGAAGAAAAAAACAUGUCAGAUCUUGUAGUCAAGGGAAGAUGACAUUUUUCAGCCUACAUUUGUCUGUAGGGACGGUGGUGCUGGUCAGUUUGUUGGUCCAGACUCUAAUAUUUCUAAUGGACUGUCAUGCAAUUUGGUGCAGUUAAUGACUGAAUUUCUGUCAAACUCAGCUGUACUUUGACAUUAGCUAAUAUGUUGGCGUGUUAAACAUCAAAGGUCUAGUGUGUAGGAUUUAUUGCCAUCUAGUGGUGAGGUUGUAGAUUGCAACUGACUGAAACUUCUGUGCCAAGCAUGCAGGAGAACUACAGUGGCUGACGCAAAAACACAAAAGGCCCUCUGUAGAGCCAGUGCAUGGUUUGUCCGUCCUGGGCUACUGUAGAAACAACAUGGCGGACCUCAUGAAAAAGGACUCGCUCUGUUUGUAGAUAUAAAGCUGAUUCUAAGGUGACAAAAACAUGACAGUUCUUAGUUCCAGGUGAUUAUACACUAAUAAAAACAUAAUUAUUAAUAUAAUCUGCCACACUGGGCCUUUAAGAAAAAAACAAUAGUAAAGUUGCUCAUUUAACAUUUAUCUCACUCAGCCCUCAAUUUUUUAUUAGCAUGCUAAAAGCUGACAUGUUAAUUUAGCCAAUACAGUGGUUCCCAGCUGUUGGGUCGCGGUCCAAAAAUGGGUCGUGGGUCCACUCUGAAUGGACAGCUAUCUGACAGAGACAGCAAACUAGCUUGACAACAUAGCUAAACGCAACUAUGAUGCUGAAUAUAUUAAACUGUGGGGACCACAAACUAAUGUCUAACGCUGGACCAGUUGGGAACCACUGGCCUAAUAAUAUAUUUACAUGCUAAAAGUUAACAGAAGGAGGGGACUUCUAGCUAACCAGCUAACAUUAUGAGGCAGCAUAAUUAUACUAGCUGGCGUGUUAUCGUAAUGUAAAAAACUGACAAUUUUGCAGAACAGGACAGAUGACAGACGCCAGAUAGUGCGAGCUAGCGAAGGGGGGGUAUUGGGACAGGCCCUAAAUCUGCACACUCAUAACUAUUAACUAUUUUCAUUUAGCUUAUUAUCACUGUUUUAGCCCAUAUUACCUUUUUGAGGCUAUUGUUAAUAUUAGCAUGUUACACCAACAUGUUAAAGAUGUUAACAUACUAAACAUUAGAUGCUAAACUUUUGCAAAUUCACAUGCUAAUGUUGGCAUCCAGCAUUCACAAUACCAAUAGCAUGCUAACAGGUAUGAAUGUUCCACUGACAUUUAGCAUGUUAAUAUGUUAGCAUGUCAACCUUUAAAAUGCUAAUAAGAACUUAGGGCAGAGCAGCUACAAUGACUGUUUGUGUGCAACUUUCUCAUUUGCCUUUGUAUCUUAACAUCUUCCAUGCUAACAUGAUAUAGCUUAUUGUUAACAGCACAUUAACAUCAUGGUUAUCAUCCAGUAGGCUCAUUGUUAACGUGCAAUGGAGUAGGAUGGAAGUUAGCAUGCUAACACAAAUUAGCAUUCAGCUCAGUGUACAGCUGAGCCUAAGUGCAGUAAAGGUUUACAGAUGGCAUGUCUAACUCAUAGACUGUACGGUCAAACUGGAAGAAAACUGUGCCAAAUCUGACAAUGCAGAGAUGUGGCGAUAAAAACAUACAGUAGCUACAACAUGGCCUUACCUCUGGCGCCACCCUCAGACCAAGCUAUAUCUUGUCUUUCUAGUGGUAAAGAUCUCACACAGAAUUAGAGAGUUGUCUUUAAGUAAGAAUCCAGUUUUGUUGUCUGGUUUUUAAUAAGCUGCAUAACCUUCUUGUGGACCUGCCACCAUGACUAGGCUACAGACUUUUAUGUAUUUUUCUAUGUUUUUGGAGGUAGCGAUAUUAAAAACAAACUGUAUGUAUACUAGGACACAAUCGAAAACAAGAUGGUUCAUUUCAAGGGGUUUAUCUUAAUGAAUAAACUUGUACAGCAACAACAAAGAACUUCUUAACAAAAGACAGUUUGGAGACUUAAUGCAAUGCAAAGUGAAAACAGAGACUGAACAAUGAAUGCUAAUGAUAAGGAGAUUUUAAAGCUACAGUAUUUAUGUCUUUCCGUUACCUCUCAUUCUUGUCAGAUGUCUUUUUCUUCAGCACCUCACUUUGUAUUACAGCAAAAUGGACCAAAUGUCUUUUCUUUUUUUUUUGUAAACUCUGUAGAUGACUCAGAAAAGAUACUUGUUUCUGCAAUUCAAUGGCCAAACUCAAAAUGGGAAUCAAUCUCAUCCGUCUCUUUAACAAGACAAAACCCAUCAGUGUUCUCAGUGUGAAAUUCCUUUGGUGUAUUCGUCAAGCUAGUUGAGAUGAUCGUCGCUGUAGAUCAAAAGGUUUCAGAUCUUUUGAUUGUCUAUGAAAUCAUCUGUAAAAACAUUAGGAGCGUCAGACACAAAAAGACACACACGUCUAUUGUAGAGUAGUCUGACAGCAAUGAUUUUAGGAUGGUUCAUCAGUUGAUUGCAUACUUAAUAAAUAGUCAGUGUAACUUAUAUGUUUACAUGUGACAAAUGAAAAUUGACUGGGUUGACGGACCUUUUAGAAAUCAUUAUCUCCCAACAUGUGAUACACAGUUGGGGAUUUCUUUUAUGAAUAUUUUAUUUGGGUGCAAGAAACAGAAUACAAGGGUGUUUUGCAAAGAAUGAACUUUGCAUGAUAAAAAUAAAUGCUUGUAUUGUUUGUA